AUGUCUUUGAAUGAGCGACAAUCCCACUACAGUCUAUGGGGAUUGCUCCCUACUGAGCUACAUCAACACAUUGUUACGCUGGCUGGACCGCUCACUGUCUUCCUGUAUUAUGGCAUUGACGUUGCGAUCGAAUCCAUCAAGACAGACAACUGCAAUCUCUGGCAUGACGACUACAAGACCAGUUCGGUUCUUGCUACCAUCAGUCUAGAGCAACAGCACAUCUCUCCGCUGAUGCUGGUGUAUCGCAGUAUAUGGCUGGAUGCUUUUACUAUAGAUUGGGACGGUGACUUGUCACUGCUGCCUUGUUAUAUUCCUCACAUUGCUGACCUACGUCAAGUGUGCAGUCGAUCCAUGUAUAUGCGUUUAUCACACCAUCUUCUAAGCAUAACAGGACUGGAUGCCAACAGAACCGGUGUUGCUGGUCAUUCGUCCUCUAUAUUUCCAGCUACGGAUUGCUCUCCACAGUUGCUUCGGAAUCUCCUUAUACAUAUUCCCAUGCGUCAUGUAUGGCUCGAUGAACUAGACGUCAACCAUCUCAAACUUCAUAUCCACCACUUUGUAUCGGAUGCUAUCCAGUUUGGACAUUUGGACUUUCUUAUUUACUUGGUUUCAAACUAUUUGAUAACGAUUGAUGCUCUCUGUGUUCGGGUCUUGCCUAUGGGUUUGCAUCCAUUGGGUGCUGUUUCGUUUGCAAUUAUUAAUUCGGCUGCUUCGCCUGUUUUUUCUCAGGAAGGCCGUUUAACUUUCAGCUCAUCAUUCAACGAUCUGGACUCGGAUUCAGAGAAUGGUGACUGGAGCUGGACGUAUAAUGUUAUUGAUAUUGCUGCAUCAAAUAACGAUAUGGACAUGGUCAAGUGGUUACAUGAGCAUGGAAAUACUGGAUGCACUACAGAGGCAAUCGACAAGGCUUCAGAGUAUGGAUACGUCAACAUGGUUGAAUACCUUCAUUCCCACUUUUCUUUAUUACACGACUCUUUAUCCGCUUUGGAUCAUAUUUCUGACGAGGACUCGAUUAUAAGAUCUGGUCCAUUGAUGGGUCGCCAGAUUGGAGGCUGCACUCAAUGGGCCAUGAUUGCAGCCGCUCAGAAUGGUCAUAUUGAUGUUGUCAAAUUCCUGCAUGCAAAUCGCACUGAAGGAUGCACAACAAGAGCCAUGGACGAAGCUGCAUUACACGGUCAUUUGAAUAUCAUUCAAUUUUUGCAUACUCACCGUACAGAAGGUGCUACGUCGACUGCCAUGGAUAAUGCUGCUGCAUUUGGUCAUUUGAACAUUGUCAAGUGGUUGCAUUUCAAUCGGACAGAAGGGUGUUCCGUAUCUGCAAUGGAUACUGCUGCUGCUAAUGGACAUUUGGAUGUCAUUCAAUUUCUUCACUCAAAUCGACACGAGGGAUGCACAGUCAAGGCUAUGGAUGCUGCUGCACGAGAAGGCCAUUUACACAUUGUAAAAUGGCUACAUGAGAAUCGAUCUGAAGGAUGCACAGUAAAUGCUAUGGACUAUGCUGCAUGCAAUGGUCAUAUAGAUGUUCUCGUGUAUUUACACACACAUCGUAGUGAGGGAUGCACUGUUCAAGCCAUAAAUUCAGCAGCAAAGCAAGGCCAUUUGAACAUUGUCAAGUGGUUGCAUUUCAAUCGGACAGAAGGGUGUUCCGUAUCUGCAAUGGAUACUGCUGCUGCUAAUGGACAUUUGGACGUCAUUCAAUUUCUUCACUCAAAUCGACACGAGGGAUGCACAGUCAAGGCUAUGGAUGCUGCUGCACGAGAAGGCCAUUUACACAUUGUAAAGUGGCUACAUGAGAAUCGAUCUGAAGGAUGCACAGAAUGGGCAGUCACUUAUGCAGCCAUAAAUGGAAAUUUACCGAUCGUCAAAUGGCUCACAGAAUAUCGAACAGAGGGUUUUUCGCUGCACGCACUUGCUUGCCAGAACACGGAUAUUGCCAACCAUUUGGUGCAAUCGCUUUCAGUUAAAGAACGAAGUGCAUUAUUACUAAAAGCAAUGGAACGUAAAAGUGAAGAUAUUAUAAUUAGCAGACUGAUGUAA